AUGUCUCAGAGAAAUGGAUCUGAUUGCCUUAAAAAUAGGAGUAAUGUUGAAUAUUCAUUAAUUAAUCUUGGAACAACUAUUCCUAUUUCUUUGAUGAGUGGAGCACAAAGAAGGAAAAAAUUUAUGCAUCGGAAUACUCAUUUUAUUGAUUCUGUUGAUUCUAAUAAUGAUAAUGAAGCUUCUUUACGGUCAUCUCUUAAAUCACCACCAUUAAUACAGGAAGAUAAUAGAUUUUUAAAAGUACCUCAAGAUGAAAGUUUUGAGGAGAUUGUAAAUAGUGAUACAUUAGAAAAGAUACCAAUUCGUGCAAGAAGUCAAUCAUGGUUAAUAAGGACGAGACAUUUAUAUGAUGAUACUGGUGCCACAAAAACACCUAUACUUUCAAUGAUGUUAUAUGUACUUUCAAUAUUUUUUCUUAUCUGUACAUUUCCAUGGUCUUUACCUUUUUGUGUCAAAGUUUGUAGAGAAUAUGAAAGAGCUGUUAUAUUUCGAUUAGGACGUUUAUUAGGAUCUGGUACAAAAGGUCCAGGUUUAUAUUUUAUUAUACCUUGCCUUGAUACAUAUAAAGUGGUUGAUUUAAGAGUAUUGUCAUUUGAUGUACCACCACAAGAAAUUUUAUCUCGUGAUUCUGUAACAGUAUCAGUUGAAGCAGUCAUAUAUUUUCGUGUACAAAAUCCUGUUAUAUCAGUAACAAAUGUAAAUGAUGCACAAUUUUCAACAAAACUUUUAGCUCAAACAACUUUACGUAAUGUUCUUGGUACUAAAACAUUAUCAGAAAUACUUCAAGAACGUGAUAAUAUAGCUAGUGUUACAGAAAAAGUAUUAGAUGAAGGUACUGAUCCAUGGGGUGUUAAGGUACAACGUGUUGAAAUUAAAGAUAUUCGUCUUCCUCAUCAAUUGAUGAGAAGUAUGGCAACAGAAGCUGAAGCUGCUAGAAGAGCAAAUGCUAGAAUGGUUCAAUGUCAAGGUGAAAAAAUUGCUUCAACUGCAUUAAAAGAUGCUGCUGAUAUAAUGUGUAGUAAUCAAACAACAGUAUAUUUAAGGUAUCUACAAACAUUAGGUCAUAUAGCAAAUCAAAAUAAUGAAACAAUAGUUAUACCAUUUCCUGUUGAAGUUAUGCAACAUUUUUUAAAAAAAUUUGGUUAUAGAAGUUGUUUUAGUAAUGAUGGUAAAAAAAAUUCAUCAAAUAAAAAUGGUAAAGAUUAUGUAUUAGAUAUGACACCUAUAGUUAUACCAAAAGAUGUUUCACCAGUAAAUUUAAUUGAAAAAUUAGAAGGAAAAAAAAGUUUAUAA